CCCGGCUAGAAGCCUGGUAUUCAGUAAACCAGCCUAAACCUGUGAGGGCGGCCUUCAGGCACAUCCCCGGGGGAGGCCGCAAAGGAGGUCGCCAGGGCCUUUCUGAAUCCUGGAGGCCGCCGCGGGCUUCCCGAGCCCGGCAGUUCCUUAGACUUGGGCCCCGGCCCUUCGCCCGGCGCGGCCCGAGACGAGGCCCAGGCCCGGGCCCAGCAUGGCGGACGCGCGGCCCGGCGGCCCCCGGCGCGGCGGCGCGCAGCACGAGGCGCGGGAGAACGCGGCGCGCACGCAGCGCGCGGAGGCGGACGCGGCGUGGCGGCGCGCGGGCGCCCCCGACGGAGGCUCCUGCUCUGGCUGCUGGUGGUGGCGGCGGCUCUUCCGGCGGAGCGCGGCGCGCGGCUCGCGCAGGAAGAAGGCCAAGUUCGUGCGGCCGUGCAAGGCUGCGCAAGAGCGGGGCCUGUGGGGCCGCUGGAGCCUGCGGCGGCUGCUGCAGAGGCUGGCGACGUGGCGGCGGCGCUAUCUGCGGCGCGGGGAGCGGCCGGAGAGGCUGGAGGAGAUCCCGCUGCUCGUGCUGGACCGCGCGCGGGCCGGAGACUAGGCCGCCUCGGCCGACGCGCGGAGCCGGACCUCCACGCCCCCUGCGCGCUGCGCUUUGGUUCUGUUUUGUAAAGAAAGGCAAAAAAUCGAAAAUAAACCCAGCACCGCAUGA